CUUGUUCAUUACACUUAAGAGUCCUCAACGAUCCACCUUCACCAGAACCUUCGCAUAAGAAAAAAAGGUCUAAAAAUCCACCAUGAAACUCAGAAUUCGAUGCAUCGAAACCAAACAAACCCUUAAAAUCAACAUACCAUCAUCUUCAUGCACUCUUCAAGAACUCAAACAUAUCAUCUCUCAAGCAUUUCCAUCAUCAUCAUCAUCAAAUUCCAUUCAUCUUUCCUUAAAUAGAAAGGAAGAGCUUCAAAACUCUGAAGAAACACUUCAAUCAAUUGGUAUUACAUCAGGUGAUCUUAUCUUUUUUACUUACAAUCCAAAUGUGUUUUCAAUUUCAACUCAAACCCAUAUCCCCAAAUCUAACCCUAAUCAAGAUUCCAACUUGUUGAACAAAUUGGACACCCAAAUUGUUCAAGAAUGUAAAACAGUGGAAAAUAUGGACACCCAAAUUGUCCAAGAAUCUGAAACAAUGAAAAAAAUGGACACCCAAUUGAAAAAUAUGGACACCCAAGUUGUCCAAGAAUGUGAAGAAGUGAAAAAUAUGGACACCCAAAUUGUCCAAGAACCUGAAAAGGUGAAAAUUUUGGACACCCAAGUUGUCCAAGAACCUGAAAAGGUGAAAAAUUUGGACACCCAAGCUGUCCAAGAACCUGAAAAGGUGAAAAAUUUGGACACCCAAGUUGUCCAAGAACCUGAAAAGGUGAAAAAUUUGGACAGCCACGUUGUCCAAGAACCUGAAAAGGUGAAAAAUUUACCUGAAAAGGUGAAAAAUUUGGACACCCAAAUGGUCCAAGAACCUGAAAAAGUGAGAAAUAUGGACACCCACGAGGCGAAAACCCUAAAUUCGAUACAUCAGGGAGACGAACCAGAUGAUUUUAUGGAGGUAGAUGGAGAUUACAGUGGUGUGAAUUUGACGAAAUCGUUUAGUGUACCUGGGUUUUUAAGGAAAGUGUUCACGGAGGAGCUAAGUGAUGACGGUGGCCGUGAUCAUAAGCUGUUGGUGGUUGCACUUCACGCUGUUUUUGUUGAAUCCGGGUUUGUUCUUCUUGACCCUGUUUCGUUUACUGAGCUUAGUGGGACUCAAUUUUUGAAAAAUUGGCCUUCGGGUGCUUCACGAAUGAGACUGUUUUACACUUUGCCUGAGGUUAUUGAUCAUGUAAAACGGGGUAAUUUGGAUGUGAUUCACACUAUUGAGUUAAAGUUUCAAUCUUUAGGGAUGUUCUUUAUUGCUCAUGGGUCAUUGUCCGGUGGGGUUUUUGCGCGUAGAGUGACGUUAAACGAAGACCAAUUAGUUCCCUUUUUGAACGUCGUGUGGGCUAAUUGUGGAUUAAAUGAGGAGGUAAAUGGGGUUUCCAUAACCUCUCCAGAGAAGGAAGUGUUUAUGUUUUGGAGGAACGUGAAGGACGGGCUUGUAUUGCCAUUGCUAAUUGAUUUGUGCGAAAAGUCCGGUUUGGCGCUUCCACCGUGCUUUACGCGACUCCCGACUGAUCUAAAGUUGAAGAUUUUGGAAUCCCUUCCUGGUGUUGAGAUAGCGAAAGUGAGUUGUUUGAGCUCCGAAUUGCGAUAUUUGGGUUCGAGCGAUGAUUUAUGGAAGAAGAAAUAUGCGGAGCAUUUUGGUGAUGGUGAGAUAUCGGGAGAAGGGGGACAUUGGAAAGAGAAGUUUGUCAAGUCUUGGGAGAGUAGGAAGAGAAGGAAGGUGAGUUGUAGAAGAAGAUUUGUUGAUCCCCUGAGUUUCUUAGGGGGUCCUCAUCGAUUUCCAGGACCUUGGAGGCCACAUAUAAUUGGUGGAGAUUAUGAUCUUUUCGCUCCACAAUUUGAUAAUACCGGAAAUCCAUUUGGGCGGGCUCCACCUUCUCGACUGCUCCAUCCAUUGUCAAACCAUGUACCUCGUUGUAAUCUCGGAGUACAUAGGAGCAACUUCACUUGAUUAUGGCCUAUAUAAUCUGGAGUCUAUGGCAGUAAAUGGUAUAGUUUAUGUCUGCAAUAAGUAGUGCAAUACGUUUCAGUUGCUAGUUUCUGUGAAUCUUUUUAUGUUUCUUUUGGAACUUUUCUCGUUUGGAGUUUGAAUGACUUUUAAGCAGUUAUGUUAGUUCUAUUUCCUUUUUUUCUGUUUGUGCUAAAACAGAGAAUGUAAUCUGGUGGCUGGCUUAUGUAUUAAAAUCCAUUUUCAUUGCAAUGAAUCGAGCAAAAUUUGCUGUC